AUUUUCAUACAAAUUAUUUAGGAUGAUAUGAAAUGUUAAAUGUUUUUUAUACCUAUGAUAAUUGCGAUAAUUCACGAUCAAUUCGUUCGGAUUUAAAGCCAUUUAGUGGAAUUAUGUAUCUUGUAAGUAAUAAAAUAUAUCAUUAUACAUUGUUUAACUCGAUAAUAAAGCUUAAGAAUCUUCAAUUACAAUCAACUAAGUCCUUGGUCCUAGAACGAAUCUUCGUUUACCCUUCUUAUGCGUCAAGUAUUUUUAAGAUAUUUAAUAAAAGCAACUUUGAACAAGUGAAUGUACUAAGGUAUCAAUAAAUUAGGUUCAAUUAAAUCAAUCGAAUAAAAUCUCGUAUGCCUCGUCAUGUAAAUCGAGGAGAGUACAUAGAUCUUAUCCGACAUAUAUAAAUAUACACAUUUAUACAUGGCAUAUUUUGUUGAAUGAACUUACAGGACAUUUCCCCGAAAAUGAGUGAUUGGUCCA